AUGGUUGUUUUUUGGGUCUUAAUGGGUUCUGUUAAAAUAGCAAUGGAAGAACAAGCCUUACUGCGAGUUGGUGUCCAUCUGGGCGGCGGUAGCAGGAUGCGACCUCCAGGCUGGGUACCGGCGUGGGAGAUAGCGGCGAGCCAGGCGCCAGGGACACAUGACGGGAACGACGGAGGCCUUCCUCAACGCGGGCUCCGGCAGAUGACACAGAGACUCGCGAUGGGAAGGUGGCAUCUAUCCGAGCUAUUGGUUGCUGCAUUAUUUGUUACUAGUCCAUUUAAACCCGAAGAUUUAGUGAUAAUUGCGGAUAUUGGGGAGGAAUUGGCUGGUACGUUGCAUGGGAAGGAAGUGGGGUCCCAGCAUUUGGGAGAUGAAGCUGGCUGGACCAAAGUCAGCGGUAAAGGGAGAGAGAAAUUGGGUCAAUCAAACAAAGCCCAACAAACCUCUAAAGGCAAAAUGUCGUUGCACUCAAAUCAGAAAUUAGGCCAGAACCGUGACUUUGGGCCGCGUAUGAGAGGAGUCGGAUCAAGGAAUUCGCCGUCGACUCCGGACUUCCUUGGUGACGUCAACAAGCAGCAAAUCAGCGAAUUGAAAAAGUUACCGGUGGAGGGACACAGACAAACCGGACAACAACCGGAUUAUCAGGGUGUUGUUGUUGUUGAGGCUAAUGGUCAUAGUGGGAGUAUCUGGGUUCUAUGUUCUAAUUCAAAUAUUUCUAUGAGAGUGUUGGAUGUAGUUGAUCAAUGUAUCAGUUUUGAAAUCACUAUAGGCAAUCCUUCUAGUUAUUGUAGUGUGGUGGGGCAGUUCAGUCUUGCCAGAGCAGAACAAUUUACGAAAAUGUUGGAGGAUUGUGGGCUAUUUGAUAUCGGGGCUAUUGGGAGAAGAUUCACUUGGUAUAGGAAGGUGAGAGGUGGGGUACAGAUGGCUAAGAAGCUUGACAGACCAGUCAUCAACCAGGACUGGCGACUAAUGUUUCCGGAGGCUUAUAAUAAGGUGCUAGUGUGCCUUCACUCUGAUCAUUUCCCGUUGUUCACUAGGAAUAUUGUUCAUACAGCUUUGAAUAAAGGAGCUCUGGAUGUGGUCAAAUGUUUGUUGGAGGUUCAGAAAGAUGCAACUAGCUUUAAUAAAAAGGUUUUUGGCAACAUUUUUGUUAAGAAAAGGGAGCUGGAGAGACUUUUGAAUGACAUUCAGAUUGCUCUGGAGAGUCGGGAGGAUCAACAUCUUAGGAUUAAAGAGAAAAUUUUGUAUCAGGAACUGAAUUUUGUCCUACAAGAUGAGAUAUUGUGGUACCAAAAAUUUAGAGAACAAUGUUUAUCAGGCGAAAGAGGAACAAGAUUCAUGGGUUAUUUUGAGGAUGGGUGUUCGGCCACAGAGACUUCGACUCUAGAAAUGGCGGCAAAUUUUUUCUUUCAAAAACUCUUUUCUACAAGGGAGGAUAUUGACCUGGACGCCAUGGGGACUUUUUCCUGCCUGUCUCUUAGUAUUGAGGCUUGUCAAAAGCUAGUGGAACCAGUGACGUCUGAAGAGGUUAAAAGAGCUGUGAUGACCAUGAUUUUGUUUAAAGCCCCAUGGUCAGAUGGAUUUCAAGCAAUUUUCUAUAAAGAGUUUUGGAACUCUCUUAGCAAUGAUGUGUGUGUGUGGGUCAAGCGAGCCUUUGAGGGUGAGCUAAUGAAUGCGGCUAUUUUUGAUACUCUCAUUGUUCUAAUUCCUAAAGUGGAAGUUCCCUCUUCCUUACGGGAGCUUCGGCCUAUUAGCUUAUGUAAUGUAAUUUAUAAAAUUGUUACAAAGGUUCUUGUUAAUAGGUUCAGACCUUUCCUGUCGGAGAUCAUUGGUCCUUUGCAAGGCGGGUUCAUUCCAGGGAGAAGAAUGACAGAGAAUAUUAUCAUCACUCAGGAGAUUAUGCACUUCAUGAGGAACACCAAAUCUCAAAAAGGGACCAUGGCAUUCAAGAUUGACUUGGAAAAAGCUUAUGAUAGGGUAGAUUGGCAUUUUUUUGAAGCUACUUUGGUCCGAUUUGGGUUUUCAAAAACUACCAUUAAUCUUAUAUUAAAUUGUGUGACUUCCUCUUCACUGGCAAUUUUGUUGAAUAGGAACAGGCUCCAAAAUUUCAAUCCAAAGAGAGGGUUGAGGCAAGGAGAUUCCAUAUCUCCAUACCUAUUUGUAUUCUGUAUGAAAAUGCUUGCCUGCUUUAUGUCGUAUAGAGUUUUCCAAGGUUCGUGGAACCCGGUAGCAGUUUCUAGAAACGGACCUUGA